GGAGCCCGUAACGCGGAAGUGCGCUGUGAGGAGACGAGAGGGAGGAGGAGGAGGAGAGGCGAGAGAGCGGGCUGAGCGAAGGUCCAGCUUUGGGCCGCCGCCGCGUCGCUCCUCAAGGACCGGGGCUGAGGCUGUGUGAGGGGCGGGGGGCGCCGCCAACCGCCGCCCCCGACCCUUCCCACCCCUGCCGGGGGAGCCUGCCAUGAAUGUGGACGUGGAGUUCCACAUUCGCCACAACUACCCCUGGGCCCGCCUCCCCGCCAGCGUCAAGCAGGGGCUUGGAAACUCACAGCGAGACUAUGAAAAGCAGGUUGUGCUCUAUAGUAUUCGCAAUCAGCUACGGUACCGAAAUAACUUAGUUAAGCAUGUCAAAAAAGAUGAACGCAGAUACUAUGAGGAACUGUUGAAAUACAGUAGAGAGCACCUCAUGUUGUACCCUUACCACUUGUCUGACAUCAUGGUGAAAGGCUUGAGGAUAACCCCCUUUUCGUACUACACAGGAAUAAUGGAGGAUAUAAUGAACAGUGAAAAAAGCUACGAUUGUUUGCCCAACUUUACUGCUGCAGACUGCCUGAGACUUCUUGGCAUAGGAAGAAACCAGUACAUUGACCUAAUGAACCAGUGUAGAUCAUCCAAAAAAUUCUUCAGAAGGAAAACUGCCCGUGAUCUGCUACCCACGAAGCCAGUUGAGAUUGCAAUAGAGCCAUGGUGGGUGGUACAAGCUGGUUACAUCACAGAGGACGACAUAAAGAUUUGCACUACCUCUGAAAAAUCUGCUAUCGAUAAGAUCAUCGAUUCAGGUCCUCAGCUUGCUGGAUCUCUGGAUUACAAUAUAGUUCACAGCUUAUAUAAUAAAGGCUUUAUUUACCUUGAUGUACCAAUAUCGGAUGACAGUUGUAUAGCAGUUCCCCCACUUGAAGGUUUUGUUAUGAACAGAGUGCAGGGUGACUAUUUUGAAACCUUGUUGUACAAGAUAUUUGUUUCAAUAGAUGAACACACAAACGUGGCCGAGCUUGCAAAUGUCCUGGAGAUAGAUCUGUCACUAGUGAAGAAUGCUGUCUCCAUGUAUUGCCGGUUAGGGUUUGCCCACAAAAAGGGCCAAGUAAUAAAUCUGGACAAUCUUCAUGCAUCAUGGCGGAAUGUCCCAUCUAUAAACAGGCUGAAAACUACUUUGGAUCCACAGAAGAUGCUGCUGUCCUGGGAGAGCUCAGAAAGCAGGAGUCCUGUACAAGAGGCGGGGUCAUCUGCUACAGAUACCGACACAAACAGCCAAGAUGAUCCAGCCGAUACUGCCAGUGUGAGCAGCUUGAGUCUGUCCAGUGGGCACACGAAGCGCAUAGCCUUCCUCUUUGAUUCAACACUCACUGCCUUUUUAAUGAUGGGGAAUCUCUCACCGAAUUUGAAAAGUCAUGCCGUCACCAUGUUUGAAGUUGGGAAGUUGUCAGAUGAGUCUCUAGACAGUUUCCUUGUAGAACUUGAAAAGGUUCAAAGCACAGGAGAGGGCGAAGCACAAAGAUACUUUGAUCACGCACUUACCCUGCGAAACACUAUACUGUUUCUGAGGCACAAUAAGGACCUAGCGGCUCAAGUUACACAGCCUGAACAACCCAAUAAUGGUUUCCCUCUGGAUUUGCUGCGCUGCGAAAGCUUGCUUGGCUUGGACCCUGCUACCUGCAGCAGAGUUUUGAACAAAAACUACACGCUGCUGGUCUCCAUGGCGCCUCUCACCAACGAAAUCCGACCCAUCAGUAGCUGCACGCCCCAGCAUAUUGGACCAGCUAUUCCAGAAGUCAGUUCCGUAUGGUUCAAGCUCUACAUUUAUCACAUUACUGGACAAGGGCCUCCAUCCCUGUUGUUAUCUAAAGGAACAAGACUCCGAAAACUUCCAGAUAUAUUUCAGGGCUAUGACCGCUUGCUAAUAACAUCUUGGGGGCAUGACCCAGGAGUCGUCCCAACUUCCAAUGUGCUCACCAUGCUGAAUGAUGCUUUAACCCAUUCUGCUGUUCUGAUUCAGGGACAUGGUAUGCGUGGUAUGGGGGAAACAGUCCAUAUGCCAUUUCCAUUUGAUGAAACAGAACUGCAAGGAGAUUUUUCUCGUCUCAACAUGGGCGUUCACAAAGCGUUGAGGAUAUUAAGGGAAAAGAUGGAUUUGCAGCACUUCUGCGGCUACGUAACCAUGUUGAACCCUUUCAGCCACCACGUGCACAGAAAGCUGAGUGAUGCUUCUGAUGGAAAAGGUGAGCCAGAGCUGGCACUUGGCUCGGAUGUAAAUGGGAGCACGGAAUCAUUUGAAAUGGUCAUUGAAGAGCCACCCAUGGAUUCGGCAGCUAAGCAAAGUCCCGAAGUUCCCACAACAGAGCAGGAGUGGGUCCCCCUGGAAUUGUGCUUUGGAAUUCCACUCUUCAGCUCCGAGUUAAACCGGAAAGUCUGCCGGAAAAUCGCAAGCCACGGACUGUGUAGCAGAGAGAGCCUUCAAAAACUGUUACAUUCCAGUAGAAAACUUUCUCUACAGGUCCUUAGCUUUGUUCAUUCAUUCCAGGAAAGCAUUUCAACUAUGGAAUUACUUUCAGAAGCCAGUUUCUCCUCUUCCACUUCAAGUUUACUUUCCCACCCAUCCUCUGCCGACGCAGGCGUUCCCCUUCCAGCCAAGAACCUGAUGUUCAAGGACGGUACAUUGUCAGAGUGGAACGGGCGGUCUCCUUCCUCUGUCCUUAUUGCAACUGUGCCACCCGAACACCUGAAAUAGCUCGAGGGGUUCGCCCUGGCGUGGUUCACAUUUUGCCUUUUCCUUCCGGGUAACCAACUGCAUUCGACUUACAGUGCCAACCUCCUCGGAAGCGUACUGCUACCCACAGCAUGACCUCUGCAACGAUAGUGUUAUUAAAGUGUGUAGUGCUGCACUUUUAACCUGGGGGGAGAUGCAUCCUCUCUCGCCUACCUGUUCAUUACUGCAUGUCAUGCUGCAGCAAAAAGCUUCUUAGUUGUCAGCCUGCCUCUCUUUUUAUCUCAAGACAAUCGAUCUUUCUUUUAUAACUGAAAGCGCCCUUCGUAGGCUUUCUGAUGUUUGAAUUUCUAUACUGUCACAGUAGAUAAUGGUAAUUUUAUACGUUUGUGGUGCAGACCUUAAACUUGCUUCUUUUUUUUAUCGUAUUAACACACAAUAGUUAAUGGCUUUUGGCAUUAGAAAGGCACAAGUUGUAUUAAAAUAGUUUAACAAAAGUAUCAGUGACUGAUGGGAGAGAGGGGGACGGCAGGGUUCUACCACUGACGUACUUAAUCAUUAGCUAUUAACUACCUGAUUAAAAAGGAUAGUUAGGAGGUAGUCACUUCAGUCUGCUGCUGAUGCUUUGUAAAUGAUUUUAAUCUGAAGCUGAAAAGCACCUACAGAAGCGUCAUAGGAAAACUUAGAGAGAUUGGACUAAUAUUUUUUUGUCCUUGGUGGAACCUUGCAGUUUGAUGGGAUUACACCAGUGUUAAAUGUGGUGCUGUCUGUACGUAGAAGUUCUUGUUGAUAAUACACUUUAUUUUCUCCAGCUUCCUUUGUUGGCACAGGAGACUGGAAGGGUGAGGGCAGGAAUUGAGAGCCUUUUGCUCUUGCCUCCUUUUGUCCAAAGCUAAUUGAGAGCCUCCUCUGCACGGCCACUGUACAAAAAUCUCGACCUGUGAUGGUUUUCAUCCCAUAACAAGCCAGAUGUGUGAAUCCACUUCCGUGUCUGGAAUUCGGUGUCUUGACUUGCCACUGCUGCCCCAAGGCCGAAUCUGCACGUGGCGGUGACUUCCCGUAAAGUUUCUAGCACGCCUUACAGGGGAAUAUGUUUGUGUGAAUAGGUUCUACGCAGGCGGUGACACAGAAUGGUUCAUCUGCUAUGGAGAACACUGGGUGAAAUCCACAAAAUAUUUGCACUGCUUAGCAUCUGAUCCAUGCUGCGGAAGCUGCAUUUCUUAUAACCAGUGGGGUCUUCCCUCUGAUGACUGACAUGGUUACUGGAGAAAGGAAUUGAAUGCCCAGAAUCAGGCCAGGCUCACAUUGAGCAUCUCCUCUUCCACGUAGGAAUAGACAAAAACUAACAGAGCUGUAACUGUAAGCAAGCCUGGUCUCUCACUGGAAGAAAUUGGGCACAAUCUACUGGGAAGUUUCCUACGCCCCAUAACAGGCCCAGCACAGGAAACGCUCUUUUGCAACUCUCACUUGCUCAGUUGGGCUUCUGCAGGAAAACUUUUCAGUGGAUUGUGGCCAUACCUGGGGGGUGGUAGGUGUUUCAUCAUGAAAAUAAUGUUAAUUGGAGAUUUCAUUUCAGUCCUUUCUAGAUUUUAUCAAGGUUCCCUUCCUCGGAAGGCAAGAGAAAUGUAUGCAGUGUUGUGUAACAGUUAGAUUCGCGUAGUUUAUACAAAAACCGUCCUGUGGUUCUUCUAGUUUCAGGGUCUUCUCAACAGCUGCGAAAUGUUGAAAGAGGGAAAAAGCAGCUGUGAAAAGUUAAGAAUAAGACCCUUUGGUAUAAAAAUCAUUGUAGUCCAAAAUGUUUGAUAUCAGGGCUUUGCAGGGGAAAGGUGGUUAGUUAUUUGCUUUAUUGGAAUAGCAGUUCUGGGACUGUUGUUUUUUUAAUGCACAUCAGCAGGGAUGUUUUGGGGACCAAGAACCCAGAAAGCAACUAAGUCACAUUCAUAAACAGAUUGCAGUAUUUAGCAGGCUCCUCUCCUUCUUUUCCUUUUCUUAAAAAAACACGGAGCAAUGGCAAAGAAUUUAUUGGCCAUAUUUUGAAACUGGGGAGGGGAAAUGUAGAAAAAUGACCUUUCAUUCUUAUGGUUGGAAAUUGAAUCUCCUCCUCCCCACCCCCACCAGCCAUUUCCCCUUAUUAUUAUUAUUUUUACACAAUAUUUCUGGAAGUAAAGGUUUCCCUUUCAUUUGAAAAGCAGGAAUGAAUAAGAAUUUGCACAGACAGUAAUGUUUUUAGCCAUCUCUCACUUUUUUUCUGCCUUUCCUGCACCUACAACAAUGGGGGGUGGGGGUGGAAUGGGACUCUGAGGCUGCAUGCAACGCAGAACAUCGCUUGAUGAAGUAAUUCAGCGUGCACAUGAGUACCUCAUUGACUUAUUAUUUUUUUAAAAAAAGUUUCAGCUCAGCCAUCAUACUGGAAAUAGAGCAGUGGCUGUUUAGGAAAGGUGGGUUUGGGAUGGGUGAUCUCUAGGACUGUCAAAUGACCGAUCAAAACAGAACGACAGGAGCCUGACUUUCUCCUGCCUUGCAUCUGAUAGCCGCUUGAUAUGCAGAAUCAGCAGGCUGAAGACUUCCAUAGCAGAAGCAUCUCUUCGCCUGCUAAUGCUAGCAUAUCAAGCUACCAUUGGAAGCCACAAGAGCAGAAAUCAGUUGGCAAUCUUUAAAGCUGAUCUGUUUCAAAGAAACGACAUGUGUAUUGCAACUACAACAUUCCAACCCCCCCAUGGAAAUGCAAGGAGGACAGAAAUAAGUUGCUAUCUCCCCCUGGGAACUCUCCUAAUAGGAACUGUUUUGUGCACCACCUGCCCAGCUGUUAAAUCUGCACAUGAUGCAAGAGAUCCAUUGGUUGGAUCUACUAACACCUUUUUAUUUUAUUUUAUUUUUGCUUUUACUUUAAAGCAGCCACUGGGGCCUCCAAAUAUGAUGAGAGAGCAGUAGUUGGGUGGUUAGCUCACCUAUGCCAUUUUCCAAGUCUCAGUUGCCCCCCAGCAAGCAAAAAAAAAAGUAGCUUCAGGGCCAUUUUUAGAUCAGUAGUUUGGAGCGUGUGAAGAUUAAACACCUCUACCAUGACUGCCACUGUUGUGAUGAAAAUUUGGGCAGUUCCAACCCCGCAGCUAGUUUUAAAAAGAGCAAAGCGCUAGGAGAUCCAGGGAUCCCCCACAUCCCAUACUGUUUAAACUUGGAAUGAAAGUUCUAAUUAGUGGAGCAGGGAGGCCUUAAUGAAAACGAUGCCGUAGCAUAGCUUUGUAACGCUGAUAGUGUUCUGUUUUGUGUAAACUAUAAUGUGGAAUGGCGUGCUGGGUCAAGGCUCAUCUGGAAAUCCCAAGCAUUCUGGAGCCUUAUCUCUACUGUUCUAAGAGAUGAGCUGAAAUCCCCCUAAGGGUCAACUUGAAUAAACUUGCCUAUUUUGUUCCCCAGCACCAAGGCAUCAUUUGACCCCUCUCCUCUUUUCCGUGCAACUAUAAUCUUGAAACCUCACCUAAAGCUAGUGGCGUGAGUGCCGCCAUCUUGGAUGCUGGCCUGGCUAGACGGCUUUAAGCCCAAGACGGAAAACUCGGUGGCGAUGCCUUUGCUGCUGAUGCCAUCACAGCCUGCAUAAGAGUCCCAAAAGGUGAAUCUUAAAUUGGGUAUGCGGGUGGUUGUUAAAAGUAUCCGUGAUGGCUGUGUGCCAUGGGUGGUUUGAGCGGGGUGGGGCAGUAAGGACAUAUCUGAAUUACGUAUAAGUACUGUGAACAAAGACGACAACUUUAUGCAACCAAAAAAGAUUAUUUUUUAAUCUGUCGAGCAUAAUCCUUUAAUUUUUUUUCCUCCACCAGCUUUUUCCUUGUCAAAAAUCAAGUUUGUGACGUUUUAGGCCUUAACAUUUCAUUAUUCAUCUAUGUGUGCUUCAUGACUAAGAUGUAUUUUGCUGCUUGAAUCUGGGAAUAAAUGAGACAUCCAUAAAUAGUAUUUUUAACUGGACUUGCCUUGGGAGGCUUUUUCAAGGCAGUUUCACUGGGAUUAUCCCUUUUUUUUCUAUGUAUAUAUGUUAAUCUUCUCCAUUCCGUCCCCUCCCAACUUCCCAGCAGUUUGAAUUCUUUAUUUCCACAGUGCACUUAUAAUUCAUUGUACUUCUUUUCCUCCAGUGUUUCUGAUACUAUUUUGAAGGUUUUAAAAGCGUGGGAGUUCGGCAGCCCUAAAAGCAACCCGGUUGCUUUGUUCCCAGUCCGACGUAGUCGAUAGUAUACAGUGAACUGUACAAAAACCUGGUAUUUGAUUAAAUUAUUGGAAUAUGUAACAUAAAUGUUUACAAAUAAAACUGUGUUGCUGGUCAGGACCUUUUCCAGAACGGCUUACUUGAUCCUACAAAUUGA